AUGGCUGCAAGUCAGAAACCGAUUCGAAGACAGGUUACCGUAUGGGUACACGACGACAGCUUCUCUAAGGAUGAGGUGCUCGUUGCGUCAGACAUCCUUGGGGAGGACGGUCUACCUCCUAAUGCGCUCAUGGAGAUAAUUGCGCUGAAGCAACCGUCUAACUUUCGUGACUCACGGGAUAAUGCCCAGAUUGACCCAGACAGCUUUGGAGAUACCGCAAUGCAUUCUGCUUCCAAGAUCCCAAGAGCGCGUCCUGGACAGCAUCUUCAGGCUGAGCACCUUAGCAAUCUUUCUCAAACUACUGCCCAGAAUGCAAGACUUGCAUCUGAUCCUCGCACACGCUACGUCUUCAUCGCAAAGCCAAUGUCUCUGGACAUCCGAUCAAAACAUCCAACAUUCCAAGUAUCCAUCACUGCUAACAUAGCCUCGAGAUUUGGAUAUCGUCAACGAGCCCAAGCUGCAAUUUCUCUUGCAGACAAGCGUUCGUGCUCGGCUUCACAUGUGGAAUUGGUCUUCCGGGAUGAGUAUCUGUCAAGGUCCGACAUGUGGAGACUUGUGCGGGCGGAAUUGGCAGGGAAAACUGUUUACAGGGGCCAGAAAAUACAAUUCCUUGCGACAAUCAAAGCUGUGGUCAAAACAAUACAUGUGCGAGGUCGGAAAGUGUCUUCAGGAUACUUCGGUGAAGCCACAGUUCCUGUGUUUCGAAGUGAAUCGGCCCGGUAUGUCCUUUUCAUUCAAAUGUCAAGAGAGAUGUGGGACUUCGACUCCGAGGGCACUGGCGAAAUCAUGUUCAGUAGAGUGAUUGACGGAUUUCUUCCGGAGCUCUUCAAGAAAUGGGUUGAGCUGGAGGCUAGGCACUUGGUCAGUAUUGUGCUCUUUGGCCGUCUUGAGUAUGAUCGCCACGCUCCUGCAGUGCUUCAACGACUCAAUCCCCAACACGCUGAUGGCCCAUCAAUUGACCUCGACCAGAAAGCAAGCUAUAGAGAUUUCUACCGUGUUGUGGUGACCGAUAUGGCAAGCGGACAAUGGACGACUAUUCUCGAUGAAUUGAAGAAGGAUUUCCGGACUUAUCUGCGUGAUAUAACCCUACUCCAACCGCAAGAAGAGAAGUCCAGCGCAGGCCUUACCGUGCCCGAGGCUGAGACAGACUCCAGAACUCGGAUCUGUGGCCGACCUACUAGCGCUCUCCGUGGCAAUAUAUUAGAAGCCAUCAACAUUGCCUCGUCCCAAUUCGCAAGCGAUUACAUUGACAGGGAUUUGGUCCGCACUGGCAUCUCUAUCAUCGUGAUUACUCCUGGUACUGGGGUUUUCGAGGUGGACCGUCAUUUACUGGAUUUGACGUCCGAAAAUCUAACCAACAAUGGUAUUGGUAUCGAUUUAGUCUGCUUGUCAAAAAUGCCACUUCACUCGGUCCCGUUGUUCAAAUGGCGUACGAGCCAAUCAACCUUGAACACCAUGAGAGCAGAUAGCGACCCACCACUUCACGGCUCUCUCACCCACUUUGCAGCGGAAAGCAAAGGCACAAACAAAGGAUAUAGCUCUUCUCAGUCAGAUGGUUCAUUCUUCCGGUCCACUCCACGUGGAGAAGCAGUUAGCGUAGUGCCUGAAGCACAGUGGUCUUUUGGCAUUCCUCAGUGGAUUGACGUAUCUUACUGGGCGUCGACUGGACAGCAAAGAAGGGGCAAUCGUCGUAAAGAAGGACGGGACUAUGCUCAAUUCUAUCUGAAUCCGAUGUCUCCAAAACCAUUCGUUCCGAGGGUGAGAAUGUACGAGCUCCAGAUGAUGGGAUUGAUGGAGCUCGGUUUGGCAAACAUCUCAGUACCGUAUCUCUCUGAAGGACGUCAUACUGACGGAUACACGUACAAGAGCCCAAACGGCAUACGAGAGCACAAAAGUCCCAGAUCUACACAAUCCGAGCAUCUAGCCAGUUCUCCACGAUCCAUAAGUAGUCCUCGGAUCAGCACCUCUGCUUAUUCGGGCAGGCUAAGUCGUGGUUUACUUUCCGUGCAGGCGAAGCAGCAGGGUGACAUGUACGAAAGGAUGGACGCUUAUGACCAAAAUCUUUUCAGGCUUGAGCCAAGCAAGAAUUCGAUUAAAAUCAAGCUGAAAAGGAAGAAAAACAAUAAAUACAAAUCAUCUUCCGAUCAAGGUUUCCAUGGGCAAUUGUCAAGUCCUCCAAAAAGAUGCGGUGGAAAUAUUGAUACUAGCGACACAGAUACGAUCAGGUCGUUGAAAGGAGCGAAGACGGCGAAGUCCCAAGCCUCGGGCCUGUAUUUCAAAGGUUUUCACAGGAGCGUAGACCCAACCGACUCAAGAAUCUCUCGCUCAAUUAGCUUUGCACUGAGAGGCCUUGGCCCAAGCCCUCCAAGAGCCGUGGCAAGCACCGAAAUCAACGUCGAGAAUGUUCAAGCUGAACAUCCAGGGUUGAAUGUCACCCAGCACCAUGUCCUGGGGGACUCAUCGAAGACCUUGAGAACGCCGGGCAAUCAUAGAUCGAACAGGCUCAGUGUACUAUCAAUCGAGACUGGAAGUAGCGGACCGUCAGAUGCCGAUCGUCCUGGACAAUCCCCAAAAAGAUCUCCUUCACGGCCCAUUUUGAUCAACAAUCCAACAAGGAAGGACCGAAACUCCGACCAGAGAUCGGGAAACGAGGUUGCGGCUACUAGUAUGCUCAAGGUUGGAUUUAAAGGAGCCCACACUCACAAAAUUCCAUUACAACCCAAAAACACCAAAGAAACCACUCGAAGCAGCAAGAGGAGCGACACGGAAUCAGGAGAAGACGUGACAUCAAUAGCUUCAAUUCCUGACAUCUCACCUUGGGUCAGAAACGUCAACCCUGCAAAUCCGAUUAAGUUUCAUUCAAGGGCAGAAAUUUGGGUAGGUAGAUGGCAACAUCUCUAUCCUCGCACGCCAAGAACUUCCUCAGUGAAAUGGAAGUCUCUGUGCACUCCGGCCUCUCUGCCAUUGACCACAGAAGAAUUCCCGAGCAUGAAAGAGCUGGAUCGCCAAUACACACAGACAGGCUACAUUGUGUCUCAUAACGAUGACAGUGACUUGGCAGAAGUACCAGAAAGCCGGGAAUGGUUUCUGCGGGAGAUGAUAGGCUUGAGACUAUCCCAUGGCUAUCAAAUUGUCAUCGGCGAAGCCCUUGCCGAGGCGACGGGCAUAGACGCCCCAACGUUGGGAGAUUAUCUUACACCUGAAAAGCUCGCAGAAGAUGGAGUUCCGGUCUUCAUGUCCAUGGGUAACACAAUACAGAAACUCGUUUGCGUCGAUAACGAUAAGGUGCAGGUCACUCGAUUUGUCCGGAAGCAGCCUGAGGCUACGCUGGAGAGGACGCAAUGCAUUACAUACAGGCCUUGGAUCAGAACGAUUCUCUCGAAGUCAUACUAUCCUCGCACAAUGACAUUUGCAGGCUUUUCAGAGGAGUAUCCCUGGAAGCUUGCUGACUCACACAUGGCGGGCCAGAAGGAUGAUCUGGGUAAAAUACACGAACAGCUUCGUUUCUGGCGCGCUCGUUUUGUCGUCAUACCCACUGAACCUCCGCCUAGCGCAAAGUGGCCGGUUCAGUCGAUGAGUGAAGACAACGAAGAGGAGAUACAUUUGUUGGGUAUUCGCGAGCUGACAAGAUUGUGGCAAAAGAUUCGGUACAAUCCUCCAAAGGAACGACAUUUCAAACCUACUCCAGGCAAAGGAAAAGAUCCAAAUCCGCUUGAGAUCAUAUUCCAGACUCUCAACCCAUCCGAAGUCGUGGCAACCGAAAUCGAGAAGCUCCUUGUAACAGAUGAUGGAGCCGAGUCCCGGCAGAUCCAGCUGCUUCCCGAUUCGGAAUUACUAGAAAGGUCGACAUCGAGUGUUUCCAGGAUUGCUCAAGUGCUGCAAGGCGACAAAGGUGUGGAUAUUACCAAUAGAAGAUGGCAUCUGAAGCUACAUUAUAGCUGCUUCAAAGGAGAUGACUUCACAAACUGGCUCAUCUCAAAUUUCAAGGAUAUCGACAGCCGUGAAGAGGCGGUAGCGUUUGGCAACGAGUUAAUGCAACAUGGCUUGUUCCAUCAUGUUUCCACACGUCACACGUUCAAGGAUGGCAACUACUUCUACACGAUCGCACCCGAGCAUCGUGCCUCGCGGCCUGAGUCACGGAGCUCAUGGUUUGCCGGUGGUCGGCGAUCUGAUCGUUCUGUACCUGCGACACCAAUCACCGACAGUGACUCCCAUGCAUCACCUCUCAGCAUUUCGCAACCAGGGUGGAAUUCUACAAGACAGGUCGACAGCGGAGCCUCAGAGAAAAUGAACAACGAGAAGAGGCAGGUCUCUGUGUCAUUGACCAAAAUGAUGCGUAUCGGCGUCGACAGCCGCAACCCGAAACGGUCAGAGCGUCCUGAGAUUGUCAAUCUUCAUUAUGAUCGUCUACACAAUCCGGAGAAUUGCUAUCAUCUCGAGCUUUCAUGGUUCAACGUCACUUCAAAGUUCAUCGAGGACGCUAUCGUUCACUGGGCUACCCAGUCAGAGAAAUACGGACUGCGGCUCGUAGAGGUGCCAAUAGCUGAAGCAUGCAGUAUCGCUAACCAUGAACCUUUUCGAGCACCGUAUCGGAUUGUUCUCAAGGUACAGCCUCCGCCUUCUGGGAAUGUGAUGGUUGGUAAUGGAACUGUAUACUCCACAAACUCAUUCUUUGCAAAUGCGCCCUCAGUUGAUAGGCUCAUUUAUCAGAAAGCAUUGCUCAAGAAGUUCAACUUUGUGCUGGAUUUGGAGGCCGCCUCAGAAUUUCCACCAGAUGUGAAUGUAACCUAUACUUGGGGCAAGCUUGGUUAUCGCUAUCCUCAAUUUGUGCACCGCUCUGGGGUUGUUCUUGCUCAGAUUACAGAUGAGGGAGAGCUCUAUCUCCUCGCCAACCGACUGUACAAUACCCGCUCCGCGUCUGCCAAGGACGUAGCUGGCAAGUUCGAGACGAAGAACUCGCACCAUUGGCCCACACCAGCUUCCGGCAUUGUCGCGCUCAAUCCUCAGAACCCUUCACCACAUCCUUCUCCACUUGUGCGAGCCAGUAGUGAUGUUCUGGGCUCCCGAGAUGCGUUGAAUGCUUCUGGCAUGGCAGCGUUCAUCACGCCAGAGCAAAUCAAAGAUGAACUGGAGGAAUUUUGCCAUAAUACUGAAAAGCUCAUAGCAUUCUAUAAGGAGACCUCUGAGCGUGGACUGCCUGUGACUAGAAAGUCCGGAUCGAGGAGUAGCUCAUCACUACUCGGGCCGGUUGCCGAGCAUGGCUUGGAGAACAGCAUCCCGGAUUUGCGAUUACCAGCCAGCCUGGUCACAACAGCAACCACUCCGGCCAAAAGUCUGGGGAUCGGGCUGAACAAGAAGACCAGCCCGCAACCAGGUAGACGAGGAAGCAUUGCUCCAGACACAGCGGCCACAGAUUCCUCACGCAGGACGAGUACAGACUCACAGUGA